AUGAAGGCCGGCUCUUCCUCCCCUCGGGGGGCCCCUGCAACAGCAGGGGCCCUACAAAAGUUAAUAGAGGCCCUAACAGCAUACCUGGCCUAUGAUAUAGAUGCUCAAAAGGUACUCAAGUGUAUGUACAGCGCAGCACCAGGAAGAAGAGCCUUCCUCCAGCAAUCUGCCUCAGCAGAUCCUGCUGCAGCAGGAGCAAAAACGCAUGCAGAAACAAAGAAGAUAACAUCUCAGCUUGCUGCUGCUAGCGUUCUGCUUCAUAGGGCCUUAGGAGCAGCAAAAGAGGGGGAAGGAUCAGGCGAGCCUCAGCAGGGGGCCAGCAAAGAGGAGGGCCCCCCGAUGCAGCAGCAAGAAGAAACUAUCUAUGUUGGCAUAUGCGGGGUCGAAUUUUGGAUGCAGCACGUGCAGCAGCUGUUUGCUGCAGAUGCAGCAGCAGCAGCAGCAGGAGAAGGAACAGAAGAAGCAGCUAAUGAUAUGACACUUAUCUGCAGGGAGAUGGAAGGUCUUAUCUCUCCUGUUGCUGCUGCAGCAGCAGACUCAAAGCUUUCCUUACCAACAAGGAAGGCAGCGGUUGAGGUGCUGCUGCUGAUGGCCGUCGUCUCCUUGGGAGGCUCCCAAGAUCUGUUGCAGGGGGGCCCCCAUGAGGGUAGAGGGGGUUCCUCCUCGGGUAUAGCAACAAAAAGGAGACAAACAGUAAAACGGAUACUGCGUAAAACCCUGCAGGGUAUUGUGGGGGCCCCAGGAGAAGCAACAGAUGGGGCCUCUAUUGCUCUAAGAGAGGCAUCUGUGCAUGCAGCGCAUGUGGUGUUACACUGGAAGGGUUUAUCUCGUGGGGCCCUUCGUGUUGCUGUGGGGCCCUUUGCUGCUGCUCUCUUAGAUACAGCUCAACGUGGGGCCCUGCUACGUUCUAAUUCUGCUGCUGCUCUUGGCCGUUCUCUCUUAUGCCGCUUAACUUGGCUCUUCCGUUGCCCUCCACACCAGGGAGACGCCCCGCAGCAGCAGCAGCAACAGAGGUCCCCCCUUGGUAUCCCCUGUCUCUUCUCUGAGCUCCUUAAUAGUACACAGCAAAGUGUUAAAUCCCUUGUAGAGGCAAACAAAGACAAUAAAUUGGGGGGGCCCUCAAGGGGCCCCCAACGCUUCCUUUUGCUGCGUUCUCUACAGAUCAUCCGCGACUUGCUCCUAUGGGGUUCGGGUCAGGCAUUCCCCUCUCAAGGAGCCGUCUCUUCUUCCUUGGUGCAGUGCGAAGGGGAGGGGGGCCGUUUUCUUGUAUUGAAUGUUCAAAGUCUUGGGGAGACACUUCUUGCUGCUGUUGCUGAUUGCGGCGAGGCAUUUGCAAGGAGUGCUGCUGCGGCGGCUGCGGCUGCCGUUUCUGCGAAUGCACCAUCCGCUGCUGCACAGCAGCAGGAGCAAGAACAACAACAAGAACUGCUGCAGAAGCAGCAGGAACUGCAACAGCAACAACUGCAGAACCAGCAACAGAAACAACAGCAGAUGCAGCAGCAGAUACCAAGGAGAGGAGGCAAGGGAAGCCAGAAGAAGUGGAAAAAACAAAUGCAGCAGCUGCAGCAGCAGCAACGGCAACAGCAGCAGCAGCAGCAACAUAAGCGUCCGUCGUCUGUAGUAGUUGAGCCAAGCGACAGCUCAGAGGUAGAAAGCGACUCGAGGGAGGAGUGCAGCAGCAGCAACAACAACAGCAGCAGCGACAGCAGCAGCAGCGACAACGACAGCAGCUAUGAGAGCUGCAGCAGCACCAGCGACGACUGCCGACGCACAAAGCCGAUGAAGCGAAAGCGGAGGCGCUCGGAGGAUUCAGCACCAGCAGCAGCAGAUCUGGUGUCUGUACAGCUGGAUGAGUUACCGGAAGCAGAGUUAACAGCAGCAAAUGCAGCAACACUAGAAGCAGCUGUACAUGCUGCUGCUGCUGCUGUAGAGGUUGCAGGAGAAGCUGGAAUAUUACCUUCCUUACCUACAUUUAUUAAGAUAUUAAAAGUCCUUUUAACGGGCCUCGCGUGGGGCCCGGGCAGGGGGCCCCCAACCUUUGCAUGCGCGGUUACGUCAGAUCCCCCUUCUCUUAUAGCAGCACUGCAGCUGCUAACUGUCUCCCUCAAUGUCUUUGUCCCUCCACCUGCAACUCUUUGCGCUGCCUCAUCCUUGCUGCAGCGCUUGGAGGUUUGCUGCUGCAGCGACAGCAGCACGAACCCAUGGGGCCCGCCUGUGCCAGGCAUGUGGGGCCUCGAGCUGCUGCAGGAAGACACACCAGGCAGCAGCGGUGGUCCCACAACGUUGCUACUGCAGCAAGCUGCUGCUGUCUCCGCAGCAGCAACAGCAGGAGCAGCAGCAGAGGGCGAGACCCCAGUAGAGGGAGGAGAAGGGACAGCAACACGCUUCUUGCUGCGGCCAGAGCAGCUACACAUACACCGCGACACCCGUACCGGCAGCAGCAGAGCUGCUGGUGCUGUCUAUGCUGCAUGCAGCAACAAUACUCUAAACCUAACUGCAGCACAGCAGGGCCACAACGGGGGUACCAAUGCGGGUCCAAGCGGCAGCCCCAAUGGGGGGGGCCUUACUCCCAGCGAAGGAAGGUUCAGGGCCCCCUCUCAACAGCAAACGUCAUUCGCUGCUCCUACUCCAUCAAUAGCUAAUCCAUACAGACAGCAACAGCUACACGCGGGCAGUGCAAAAGACACGCCUGCUGCAUCUGCUGCUCCUCCUCCUUCUCCUGCGCUGCAGCAGGCAGCUCCCCCUGCACCACCACCAGCAGAGCCCCUGCGGGCCCCGGAUAGGGACAGCAGAGACAACAGAGACAGCGGAGACAACAGAGAGAGUAGAAUCACAAGAGACAGCAGAGACAGCAGAGAGAAGGGCAGGGAGGACAACAGUUGUACCCUUGAGGUGCUGCGGGCGACGCCAAGUCGUGCUGCAGCGCAUGCAUUUUUGUCUGCUGUUGGGGCAGGCUUCGGGCUUCGUACAGGGCAGCAAGAAGCAAGAAGAAACAGCAAUGAACACACAAAUACACCAAGACAGCAAGCAGCAGCCUUCAGCCCUCCAGCAACUGCUGUAGAUCCUGCAACAGCAACACUAGCACCGGCAGCAACAGCAGCAGGUACAACUGCUGCUGUGCCCGAGGAGAAGGCCGAUCGACGGGGCCACGCGAAGGAAAGACGUAGAGAAGCAUCCGCAGCAACAGCAGCAGCAGCAGCAAAGGACCAGGAUGGAGAUGGGAGGUCAGACGAUGAGGUAGUUAUCCUUGAAGAGGCAGCCACACAACCAGUGUCUCUGCCUAACAAUAAGUCUGCAGCAGCAGCUGCGGCAGCCGCUGCAGCAGCAGCUGCGGCUGCCGCUGCUGUCGCUCAGGCAGCUGUAGAGGGGACGGGCUGUGCAGCUGCAGGCACCAGGCUCCCGCUUCAGCCACAACAAACCCACCGUCCGGGGACUCCGUGGGGGCAGCAACAACAGCAGCAGCAGCAUUUGGGCAAUGACGCUUCUUCAGAGCAACGUGCGAGAGCGCGUAUCCACGAAUUGCUUCAGUCGGACUCGGAGUUGUCGGAAUAG